AUGCAUCUCGACGAGCCGUUCCCAACCCUGGCCCAGCAUCAGCUGGUGGAUUCCGCUCUGCUUAAUCGGCGCCGCAACAAGUCAGUCUCGCAACGGGACCCAGCACCUAGCGGUACAUCCGACCCAACGUCACCCGAGGUCAUCUCGUCCCUGAUCUCAUCGCUCUCUGCGAUCUCAGUCCCCCUCAACUCACACUUCGAUAAUAUCCCGCGCCUGGAUCCCUCCAGCCCCUCCGACCUCCCUGUUCCAGAAACCCUGCAAUCCGCUCUCUCACUGAAACGUCCCCCAUUGACGAAGAAUGGCUCUCGAGUGAGCGUGAGCACCUGCGCAACUGCCGAGGACUAUUCGCAAACCCUCUUGCAUCCAGAUGAUGCCGCUUCAUCCCCAAUCAUUCGAAUGGCCAGAGCGCCCCCUUCUCCCAAGUCGCAAAGAUCCCCACGGUCGCCCAGAUACAAACCCUUCAAGCCCACCGACUCCUCUUCACGUCCACACUCCCGAGAAUCGCAGGCGUCGGUGCGAACUCCGUCCGAACACGCCGCCUUUGGAACCAUCAGCACCGAACCUGCGCCUCCCGUCUCCGCAGCGCCGAGUAUCGCGUCAAACAGCUCUGCUGGGCGGACCAGGAGCCUCAAGGGUCACCUAGGACUGUUACGAAAAUCGUCGCGGGAAUUACGGUACGAUAAGGACUUCCAGACGGAUCGCCUGCGUCGGUCGAGUAGCUACAGUGACAGCCUUUGGCAUAACACGCCUCGAAACCGAGCGAGUUUGCGCUCCAUGUACUCCAUGGCCAAUGUCGCCGAGGAAACGGCACCAAGCGCGGUUUCGCCGAACGGACCAUCGGAGGAGGCGUCAACUCAACAACCCUUGACAACGUCCUCUACGCCCAAGCGAGACCAGCUGUCUCGUCAGACUUCUCCAGAUGCGGCUGACCAACCCGGCGGAAUUGGAAGCGGACGCGCCAUUCCCACGCGGGCCUCAUCGCUCCGCCACCGUCAUAGUCAGUCGUCGAGUUCGAGGCGGCGGCAGUCUGUACGGCACAGCCGAUACUCUUCCACGGCCAGCCAGGAGGCUCCGUUGGCAGAAAAUGGGGCGCCAGGAUCGAGAAACGACGCGGAGCAGGUCAUUCAAAAAAUACAGGAGGUGAAAGACCGGCAUCAAAAAAUGACCUCUGACAUGGCCGCCGGGGAUGAUCUUGCUGGCCGGGCUGGGUCAUCAUCGACAAGACCGUCGAAGCCCUCCCGUUCCAGCAGCCAAAUCGACCAAAGCCGUAGCGCCAAACAGCACACAAAUCCGGUGGAAGACCAUUCCCCCUUUUUUCAUGAAAGCGCACCAUCACCCUUGGUCAUGACGGGCAAGAAUCGCACCCCGCUGGCUAGUCCCGCAUUGUCUUCGAAGCCUCCAACCAUUCCACCCCAAAUCCAGAGGCAGCUGUCGGACCAGCUGGGACUCGAGACUUUGGAACAGAGGCAGAUGAUGAGCCCGGCUUCUCCCCGACCCUCUCACCGUCGUACCCCCUCUAGUCCACCGGCUGUUGGCCGCCCGUCCGUGCAUCACGAGCGGCCAUCCAGUGCAGACUCGAUUGAUCUUGCGGUAGAGGCCUACACAAUCUCCCCCAAACUCACGCAGAGGGUGCCUCAUCCCACGACGGGCCGGACGAUCGCUUUCUCGGAAGUUGGCGACCCCAAGGGCCAUGUGGUGCUUUGCUGUCUCGGGAUGGGGCUGACACGGUAUCUCAUGGCAUUCUAUGAUGAGUUGGCACGGACGCUGAACUUGCGCCUAGUCACUCUUGACCGUCCCGGGGUGGGUGAAAGUGGACCGUAUCAUCCAGAUGAGCCCAACACCCCACUCAGCUGGCCAGACGAUGUUGCCAUUGUGUGUAAUCAUCUGCGAGUGACGAAAUUCUCCAUUUUGGCACACUCAGCUGGCGCCAUUUACGCCCUCGCGACGGCGUUGCGCAUUCCCCAGCACAUCCGUGGACGGGUUCACCUUCUCGCCCCCUGGAUCCCUCCCUCUCAGCUAUCUAGCAUUGGGUCCCCAAAAGACCCGGUGCCCGCGAAUGCCGUGCCCUACUCUCAGCGGAUCCUCCGUGCGCUCCCGACGUCUCUCCUCAAAGUAGCCAAUACAAGCUUUUUGAGUGCGACGAGUGCCAGCAUCACCGCCAGCCUCCCAAAGUCUUCCCGACGAGCGAAGAAGAAACCCACCAAAGACACCGCCAAAGAGGAUAGUCCAGCUCAUCCUGUCGUGGGAUCGGCGGCCGAGUUCAAUCCAUCCCAGAUGAUCUCGCCUUCUGUCAUCGAGCCCUUUAAACCGUCCAAUGCCGGGCAUGAAACGUACCGACAUGGCGAUGCGACCCUCGACACUCCGGCAAAGACUGUCGAGGAUGAGCUGGAACGACAGCGUGACUACGACACCCGACUGACACACCACAUCUGGGCUCUCGCCACUGCCAAUGCCAACCCGGCAGUGGAUCUCCUGGUGUGUCUGGAACGGCGCCAGACGAUCGGGUUCCGGUAUGUGGACAUCACAAGGGCGACUGUCAUCCACCACGGCAGCAAGGAUACUCGCGUGCCCGUUGAGAAUGUCCAAUGGCUCGGCAAGACCAUGCGACGUUGUGAGGUGCGCAUCCUCGAGGGUGAGGGACACGGGCUCAUGGCCUCCGCCAAAGUGAUGGGCAACGUCCUCACCGAAAUCGCCAAAGAGUGGGAGGAUUGGACCACCAUCGUACAGGGCCGACGUCGGGCGACUGCCUCGCAAGCUGCACGGCCAAGUGUCUCUCUUCAGGCCUGA